UGGGCGGGAGGAACUGUGGGAGCCCGGGAGGUGAGAACGCUGCCUGGACCCGGGGGGCUGCGUUUGCGUCCCCACGGCUGCUCCCUUGGCCUCGUGACGGGGUCCCAGCCCCGGUGCAACCUGGAGGCCUCUGCCCGGGGCUGUGUGCGCGCGGUGGGCGCCCGCUGGGGGCUUGGGGAGUAUCCGCAGCUUCGCACCAAGCCCUAGGCCUGGGGGCCUGGGUGGGGGCAGGAGAUUUGCCUGCCCUGGCUGCCCAGCCCUGCAGACUUGGCGGUUGAGCUCUGCUUAGUUGAAUUUGGGAGUCUGGUUGUUGGGCUUUGGCCCAUUCAGCUUGGAAUUGGUCUGGCUGUGAACAAGAUACAAAACAAAAACCUCUCUGGGUGUCUCUAGUCAGGGUUGGAAAGAAGCAAGAGGUGAGGAUUUCCCAGUGCCAUCUGCCUUCAGGGAGCAACCCUGGUCAAGGGUUCAUCAAGGCGUGAGACCUUCAUCGAGGUUCCUUAAAAACAAAACCAUCUUAAAAGAAAAAAUGGUUAAGACGAGCUCAAGAUGACCCCGACGCAGUGGGACUUCCCUGUGGAGCUGUGCUGUCGUCCUAUGGCGUUUGUAACCCUCACAGGCUUGGAUCUCAUAUACAAUGCUGUUCACCGUGCAGUCUGGGAUGCAUUUUGUGCUAAUAGAAGAGCAGAUCGAGUCCCGAUUUCUUUCAAAGUACUUCCUGGCGAUCAUGAAUAUCCCAAAUGCAGAACAAAGAGGACAUCUUAUGAGUGGUACAUUCCAAAAGGGAUACUGAAGACUGGUUGGAUGAACAAACAUCUGAAUCUGGUACCUGCACUUGUGGUUGUGUUCUAUGAACUGGACUGGGAUGAGACGCAAUGGAAAGAAAAACAGUCAGAAUGUGCAACUAGAGUUGAAAUUGUGAGGCAUAGUUUGCAGGGAAGAAAUACAAAAGUUGCUGUGGUUUUGAUUCAAAAGAAAACACCCUUGCCUCCAGGGGAAGAUGUUAUUGCGUCAGAAAGGGCAGCAGCUUUAUGUAAUGCUUGUGACCUCUCUGGAAAAUCCCUGUUUGUGCUGCCACAUACUGAUCAUCUUGUUGGAUACAUUAUAAGAUUAGAGAAUGCCUUUUAUGAACAUGCUCAGACCUACUACUAUACAGAAAUCCGAAGAGUUAAAUCUCACAAAGAGUUCUUGAACAAGACAACACAUCAGCUUUUAUUUGUUAGGCAUCAGUUCAAAAUAGCUUUCUUCAGUGAACUGAAACAGGAUACGCAGAAUGCGCUGAAGAAUUACAGAACAGCUUACAACCUAGUGCAUGAACUGAGGGCUCAUGAAACAAAUAUGUUAGAAAUCAAGACCAUGGCAGGGUUUAUAAACUACAAGAUUUGUCGCCUCUGUUUUCAGCAUAAUACACCUCUGGACGCAAUUGCUCAGUUUAGGAAGCACAUUGACUUGUGUAAGAAAAAAAUAGGGAGCGCAGAGCUGGCUUUUGAGCAUGCUGCCUGGAUGUCCAAACAAUUUCAGGCUUUUGGAGACUUAUUUGAUGAAGCUAUUAAACUAGGAUUGACAGCAAUUCAAACCCAGAAUCCAGGUUUCUAUUACCAACAGGCAGCUCACUAUGCACAAGAACGGAAGCAGCUAGCAAACAUGCUCUGUAACCAUGAUUCUUCUGUGACACAUCCCAUUCCGGAUCCACUGGAAACUCAAUCUGGAGUGCUUGACUUUUAUGGACAAAGAUCAUGGCGGCAAGGAAUACUAAGCUUUGAUCUUUCUGAUCCUGAAAAAGAGAAACUGGGAAUUUUAGCUCUGCAAUUGAAAGAGAGAAGUGUUCUUCACUCGGAACUGAUAAUCACUUUGCUGAGUAACGCGGUUGCACAGUUCAAGAAAUACAAAUGUCCAAGAAUGAAGAGUCAUUUGAUGGUUCAGAUGGGAGAAGAGUAUUACUAUGCAAAAGAUUACACUAAGGCAUUGAAGCUGUUGGAUUAUGUCAUGUGUGAAUACCGUAGUGAAGGAUGGUGGACCCUCCUUACUUCCAUCCUGACAACAGCUCUGAAAUGUUCUUACCUUAUGGCACAGUUAAAAGAUUACAUUACUUACUCUCUGGAGCUGUUGGGUAGAGCAUCCACUCUGAAAGAGGACCAGAAAUCUAGGAUAGAAAAGAAUCUGAUUAAAGUUUUAAUGAAUGAGAGCCCGGAUCCUGAACCUGAUUGUGAUGCUUCUGCUGUGAAAACUUCACAGAAGCUGUGGGCUGACCGAGUUUCAUUGGCAGGCAGCAAUAUCUUUACAAUAGAAGUACAGGAUUUUGUACCAUUUGUACAAUGCAAAGCAAAAUUUCUUGCUCCAAGUUUUCACGUUGAUGUCCCUGUUCAGUUUGAUAUAUAUUUGAAAGCCGAUUGUCCUCAUCCUGUCAGGUUUUCUAAGCUAUGUGUCAGCUUCAAUAACCAGGAAUAUAAUCAACACUGUGUGGUAGAAGAAGCAUAUCAGAAAAGUGAUAUUCUGGAACAGUCAUCCCAGGGAACAAUGUGUCUAGUCCCUGGUAAAACAAGGAAGUUCACUUUUAUAUUUGUUGCAAAAACUGAAGAUGUGGGAAAGAAGAUUGAGAUCACCUCUGUGGAUUUGAUCCUGGGUAGUGAGACUGGCAGAUGUGUGAUUUUGAAUUGGCGGGGAGGAGGGGGAGAUGCUGCUUCAUCUCAAGAAGCCUUACAGGCAGCCCGCUCCUUCAAACGGCGACCUAAACUUCCAGAUAAUGAGGUUCAUUGGGACAGCUUGACUAUUCAGGCAAGCACUAUGAUAAUUUCAAGAGUGCCAAACAUUUCUGUUCAGCUCCGACACGAACCUCCUGCCCUGACUAAUGAAAUGUACUGUUUGAUUGUGACAGUUCAGUCACAUGAGAAAACGAUUGCCAAAGAUGUUAAGCUCACUGCAGGGCUGAAACCAGGGCAAGAUGCCAAUCUGACACAGAAAACCCACGUGACCCUUCAUGGGACAGAGAUGUGUGAUGACUCCUACCCUGCAUUACUUCCUGAUAUUCCAGUAGGAGAUUUGCAGCCAGGAGAAAAGCUUGAAAAAGAAGUUUACAUUCGUUGUGGGACAGUUGGUACAAGGAUGUUUCUUGUUUAUGUCUCCUACUUAAUCAAUGCUGUUGUUGAAGAAAAAGAAAUCAUCUGCAAGUGUCACAGGGAUGAAACAGUAACUAUAGAAACUGUGUUUCCAUUUGAUGUUGCAGUCAAAUAUGUCUCUACAAAGUUUGAACACUUGGACAGAGUUUUUGCAGACAUACCCUUUUUACUAAUGACAGACAUUCUGAGUGCUUCACCUUGGCCUCUCAGUAUUGUCAAUAGCCAGCUACAGCUUUCAGCUUCCAUGAUAUCAGUGGAUCAACUGGAAUCUUAUGUGGAGAAUGUUGUUUUACAGACAGGUGAGAGUGCUAGUGAAUGCUUUUGCCUUCGUUGCCCUCCCAUUACUGACAGUCAAGGUGGAGUCGCUACUGGGCGUUACAUUAUCUCUUGGAAGAGGAGUUCAGCUGCAGACAGUGUACCUGUUGUUAGCACUGUGAUCACUCUGCCACAUGUGAUUGUAGAGAACAUUCCACUCCAUGUCAAUGCAGAUCUGCCUUCAUUUGGGCGAGUCAGAGAAUCCUUACCAAUCAGAUAUCACUUGCAAAACAAGACCAGUUUGGUCCAGGAUGUGGAAGUAUCAGUGGAACCCAGUGAUGCCUUCAUGUUCUCUGGUUUAAAACAGAUACGAUUGAGAAUCCUCCCAGGUACACGGCAGGAAAUGUUGUAUAACUUCUACCCUCUUAUGGCUGGGUAUCAGCAAUUACCAUCGCUCAGUAUCAACUUGCUCCGGUUCCCAAGUUUCACCAAUCAGUUGCUCAGACGAUUCAUACCAACGCACAUUUUUGUAAAGCCACAAGGUCGACAAGGAGAUGAUGCCUCAAUUGCAGCUGCUUAACUGAAGACAUGGACAUAUGCACUUAAAUAGGACGUUGCACAGAAUGUAUAAAACUGCUUUUUGAAACCAUAGCUUUGAUCAAACUGUAUACAAAUUACAACUUUAUUUUUAAAUUACAAUUAUAACUAUCAGUGGAACUAAUGUUUAAAACAUUUAGUCUUUCAUGGACUUCCUCUAAUGAAUAAAUAUAUGGAAAGAGUCAGUGCUCUAUUUAACAAGAACCUUCUUUCUUUUGAAGUUAACUUUUAUGAAUGUCAAACGCUCUUUAAAGUGUUAUUUAAUAUCACUGUAAAAUGUCUUGAGAAUGCAAAUGAGAAGUGCAAGUUCAUGUGACCAAAAAAAAGAGAGAAGAAACAGCGUUUUCUUCACUAAUGAUGGCUCAAGGUGCAAUGUCCAUGCUAUUUGUUGGGAAUUACAGCAUUAAAAGUAGUGAUUUAUUACUGAAGCUUAUUUUGUGCCAUUUAAAACUGGAGGGCACAACCGGGUAUUCAGUAAGCUGGACUAUCAGUUCUACCAUGAUUUAACUACUACAGGCAAAUCUCUUGGCGUUGGGUGGCUUGCUUAUGGCUUAAGCAGAAUUACUAAUUUAAAAGGCACUGUUUCUACCAGGUAAGCCACAGUUCAUAAUUUUUACUCUGCAGUGAUCAGUAAAAUGUGAGGCUUCUAUGAAUAGCCUCAUUUAAUUACAGCUGGAUAGUCCAGCUCUAACCUGAUAUGGUCUGAGUUCCUUAAAAUGCACAGCUUCCAGGUUAGAGAUAUUUUGACAGUUCCUGCUAGAUGAGUGCAGAGCUAGACAUUCGGGUGUUGUACAGCUUAAAAUGAACUGGUAUUUAAAAUAUUCACAGUAAAUCAUGUAAAUAAAAAUGGCAUUGUGAAAAUUUCCAUUAACUUUCUAAAUAAUUAAACAACUAAAUUUUGAUCUCCUGGAAAAUCUUAUUUAUUGUAUAAGUGAAAUCCUAUUAAACUAUUUGCUGUAACUGAAAUAUUUCUGAAACAGAAAUGAAUGUGUCUUAAU